CUACUCAUUCACCUGCAGCUGCCGGAUCGUGUUGGUCAGCUCGGCCUUCUCCCACUCGUGUCGGGCCCGCAUGGCCGCCAUUUUCCCCUGAUUGAUAGAUAAAUGGAGAAAGGAAGGAAUGCCACAUUGAGUCACUUUGGGCAUCAAGGAGUUGGACACCGACACGGUGGACCUCCUUGACCACCUUGCUCACGAUACCAGAGCGGCGCAGCGACCCAAUGGGCACCCAUCCAUUCGUCUGCUCACUUCCACUCCUACUGCCGCCGAACUCAACUGUCGGCGUCUCCAUCGCACGCCGGCGCGUUCAGGAGGUGCGUGAGGGUCGAAAGAAGAUGCCGACGAAUAUAAAAUGUAGGCAACGAUUUUGUGGCCCCGACUGCCUGCAGAGUCAGUGCAGACGGACAACUAUCUCAAUACGUGCAGGAGGCGGAGCGGGAAACGUCGCCUGCGAUGCCCAUCUUCGUACCUCUGUGUGUGUGUGUGUGUGUGCCGUCUGGACCUUCUUGAGCUGUGCAACGGCGGGUUCCUUGCACCUCUCGAGCUCCUGCAGGCACAACACGCACACACGUCGCAAUGGAAUGGCACCCACCUCCCGUGUCAUCCCCCAUCCAUCCAUCCAUCCAUCUAUGUAUGUAUGUGUGUAUGUAUGUAUGUAUGUAUGUGAGCAUACCCGUCGGCUGUUGCGGAGGCCGGAGUUCUCGCGUGUCACUGUCGCCAACCGCUCGCGCGCCUGUAAGUGCACGGACCGACACAUAAACACACAGGCAGGCAGUCAACACACGAAUGUCCAUGAGCCCGCCCAGCGCCACGUUGCUCACUCUUGACACAUUCUGCUGGUAGGCCUCACACUUGGCGCGGAAGUCGGCCGCCUCUUCCUCCUGGCUGGUCAGCCGCUCCUUUAGCUCCUUCUUCUCGACUGCCGGCAUGGAUGGCGGAUACGCACAGACAUGCCGCAAAGAAUCGAUCAAGGAACUGCCUCUCUCUCCUCGUGUGUGGCUGCUCUGCCCCUCUUGUGCAACUGACACUCACCGGUGAUUUCGCGGAUGUGUUCUUGCCGGAGGUCGCGGCUACUCUGGUCCCUAUGCAUCUCCCCUGCACAGAUAAAUACACACCGAGAGCAAAGCCGCGCAUGUGUGUGUGUACUUGACGAUACAAUCAAUGCAUUGAUUGUGGGCGGUUUGCUCACUCUUGGCCCAGUCCCGGUCCGCUAUCAGCGCCUCGAUGUCCUCAAUCAAAGCCCUGUAACUCGAGUACUGGGCCAU